AUGAAGAUGGAGGAUUAUGAAAUAUUCUGCAAGAAGCAUCUUGCCAGAAUCCAAGAAGAGGCACUAAAAAGAGAAACCUCUUUUGCUAUUCAGCACAAAAACAACUCCCUCAUUCAAUUCCAUGGAGUUCCUGUGCUUUCCCCUCUGCUUAGCCUUGAAAAGAAAAAGGAAAUACAACAAUAUAAACAGAAAGCACUGGACCUAGAGACCUGGAGACAGAACUCCCGGAAAAGAGCUUUAUUGAAUCGUGUUCAGGAGAUUCUAGAUAAUGUUCAGGUCAGGAGACGACCUAGUGUGAGUGAUGCGAACACACAGGAGGCUGAGAAUACUUGCCCUGAUUCAGAUUCAAAAGCUUCAGCUGACUUCACAGCUCUAUCAGAUGGCACUUUGGCAUGUUCUCCUGAAAGGCGUGGUUCCACAGCGCUUGAGAAGGCACCAGAUCUUAAGCCAUCAGAUGCUAUUGGGCAGGUGACACCAAAUGUGACAGAAGUAGUUAAAGCAGCAGAAGAAAACGUUUUUUCAAAGCAAAGCGAGAGUCACGUCUCAAAAGAUGUACCUUGUCCAAGGGCUGCGUCUCCUGACAAUGUGCAUAAUAAGCCUGCUACGUAUGCUUUGCAAAAGCAGGAGGGACUAGGAGCAUCGCCGUCAGAUGAGGAAGUCCAAGAUCCAUAUGUAAUGAGUCUUCAGAACCUGAUGAAGAAAUCUAGGGAGUAUGUAGAGAAAGAGCAAACCAAGCGUAGCUCAAAAAGUAAUUCAAAGAGGAGUGUGAGUGAAAGUCUUUCAGAUAAAGAAAACGAUGGUGUGAAGACAACUGACUCUGUGAAAGAAAGAGCAAAGCCUGCAGGCAGAAGUGGUGGUGCUCUGACACUUGAUAAGCCUAGUCUUAAUAAAUCAAAUACCCUUCUCCAAGGUGCCUCUACUCAUGCAAAUAACUCAAGUAUGUCCACUUUAUCCAGUUUUUCUAAAGUGGACAUACCAAUGAGAGUUGGAACACCCCCAUUGGUGGAUUCGGAUUCAGAUGAAGAAUUUAAAAAGACUUCUAUGUUUGAUCGUGACAGUAGCAUUGUCAGGAGCCUCACAGGCUCUUAUGCCAAACUGCCAAGCCCAGAGCCAAGCAUGAGCCCUAAAAUGCACCGAAGGCGCCCAAGACCUUUAUCAAUGGGACACAUAGUUAUAAAUAACCCAGUGAAUGCUUACGAGUUGAGUCCUAAAGGCAAGGGUAGAACAAUGGAUUUAAUCAUGCAAGAUAUUGCAGACAAAAACAAUGUGUCCGAAUCAGUGCCAAAGUUCAUGGUGGACUUCACUAUGGCUUGCCCUAGCAGAAUUCCUGGUGUCAACAGGAAUUCUUCAGGCCCUUAUGAUGGGUUGGGGGUUGGCAGACCAAAUCGCCAUUCCUUUGGGCACUUUGAAAGCAAAGGAACGUUUUUGGCUACAGUGGAAGGACAGGUAGUGAUGGACAGCAGAGGCCCAUAUAAAGUAGAGACCAGCACUAACAUUGUUGCUGCAAAACUGAAUGAGCCAUUUGCCAGCAGCCAGUCUACAGUAACACAGAAGCUCCUAACUGCGAAUGAAACCAACCCAUCUAGUCUGCUAGAAAAUACUAAAUGUAAUUCUCCAGUAGAACUCAAUAAGUCUUAUGAUGUAGAGGAUCCAUCUCCACUACUAAUGCAGAGCAAGAAUAUGCAACAGCAGAUGGACACUCCAAGUAUUUCCUCAGCAAAUGAGCAGUUUCUAGAAAAUAGUUCUGAAAAGGUAAAACGUAGACUUGAUUUGGACACCGACAACUGCCAAAAAGAAAACAGUCCCUGUGUUCUAACAGUUGGAAUGGAAGAAGAGAAGCAGUGGUUGCAAGAACAGAAGUAUCCUGUGGGAUCAGUUUACAUUACCAAGACUGCAGCCCCUGAUAAUAUGGCAAAAGAAGAUAUUUUAAAAACUAAAAUGUUGGCCUUUGAAGAAAUGAGGAAGAGACUUGAGGAACAGCAUGCGCAACAACUGUCGAUUCUGAUAGCUGAACAAGAGAGAGAACAGGAGAAAUUGCAGAAGGAACUGGAAGAGCAGGAGAGAAAGUUGACAGGGAAGAAGGUUGCUACAACAGAAAUAGAAAUUUCCAAAGUGAACAUUAACAGUAGAAUGGAAUUGGAGUGGAGGAAAAAAAGCGAAAGCAGCUUGCUGGAAAGUGUGCAGUCUCAGCUGGAGACAGUCCACAAUGCAAACUCUACCAGCAUUGGUUUUGCUCAUACUACAACACCGAGCACCUUUGCUUCAACAAGUGAAACGUCAUUCUUUCUCUGGGGACCAUCAGGCACUGGAGUUAUAAAAACCUCAGUAUCUAGGCCAACUAACAGGAUCAAAACUCGGUGGACGCAGGUUUUCAGUCCCGAGAUACAAAUGAAGUUCGAUAAGAUCACUGCUGUGGCAAAGGGGUUUCUCACGCGUAGACUCCUGCAGACAGAAAAACUGAAACAUCUGAAGCAAACUGUAAAAGAUACAAUGGAGUUCAUAAAAAAUUUUCAGUCUGAAGCCCCAUUAAAAAGAGGAAGUGUUUCUGCACAAGAUGCAUCCCUUCAUGAAAGAGUAAUGGCUCAGCUGCGAGCUGCUCUGUAUGACAUCUACGACAUCUUUUUUACAAUGGAGGCAUCAGAAAGAAUGAAUAUUCUGCGUCAUGAUCGUGAAGUUCGUAAAGAGAAGAUGCUCAGGCAAAUGGAUAAAAUAAAGAGCCCAAGAGAGCGAGUGACACUUUCAACAGCUACACAGAAAUCUCUGGACAGGAAGAAGUACAUGAAGGCUUCAGAAAUGGGAAUGCCAAGUAAAAAAAUAAUAAUAAAACAAAAAACCCCUGAAAGCCGUGUACUGCAACCCAAUCAAGGACAGAAUGCCCCAGUUCACAGACUUCUUUGCAGACAAGGAACCCCUAAGACCUCAAUGAAGGGGGUUGAGCAAAAUAGAAAGAAGGCCUCAGAGAGCAGAAUGUCUAACAAGGCUAUUUCAGGAGCAUAUGCAGGAAGAACCCAAAGAAAGAAGCCAAAUGUUGUGACAAUUUAAGAAGACAGCACUCACUGGGAUAAAAUGGCUGUUCUUUAAUGAUGGCAUUCUCAGCACUGAUUGAAACAUUGCAUUCCUAUGCGUAUAUGUAUAUUUAGAAAUUAUAAACAUAUUUUGUCAUUUCCAGAUGAUGACACAUUAAUACAAUCAUAUUGAAGUAAUAAAGGGCUGUGAAGCUUGAAUACCUGUGGAAAAAUUGCAUGUUAAAAC